GCAAGCCGAGUUGGUGCUCGCGAUCAAAGCUGAACGCUGUUUAUCUGAGCGCUGGAGAUCGAUUCACUCCCCUUUAAAGGUCGUCUAUAGGUAUAGGACAUCAUUUACGAAGAACCGACGAUCUGCCACCCUACCUACCUUUCUCUUUUACACGACAGAGGUGGUUGUGUGGUGUGAGGGGAGUGUGUUUGUGUGCGUGUGAGUAAUGGCAGAACAGCAGAGACAGCGUUCACUCUCCACAUCAGGAGAAUCACUGUACCAAGUCCUGGGAGUUGUUAAGAAUACAGCACCAGAAGACAUCAAAAAAUCCUACAGAAAACUAGCACUGAAGUUCCACCCAGACAAGAAUCCCGACAACCCAGAAGCAGCUGAGAAGUUUAAAGAAAUCAACAACGCUCAUGCCAUUCUGUCAGACACCACCAAACGCAACAUUUAUGACAAAUACGGUUCUCUCGGCCUCUAUGUGGCAGAACAGUUUGGAGAGGAGAACGUUAACACGUACUUCGUAUUGUCCAGUUGGUGGGCCAAGGCAUUGUUUAUAUUCUGUGGUGUGGCUACAGGUUGUUACUUCUGCUGUUGUCUGUGCUGCUGUUGUAACUGCUGCUGUGGGAAGUGUAAACCGCAUCCUCCUCGAUCAGAUGAACCGGAAUUCUAUGUGUCUCCUGAAGACUUGGAAGCUCAGAUGCAGUCUGAUGAGAGAGAUGGCAGCAGCCCAAUUGUAAUGCAGCCCUCGUCUGCCACAGAGACCACGCAGCUGACCACAGACUCUCACCGUACCAGCUACCGGACGGACACCAGCUAUUAAAACCCCUCUGCAUAACAUCCCUAUUUCUAUAUAUCUCUCAUUCUUUCUCUCUGCUACACACAUGGGACCACCAUGCUAGAAGAGGGCACUGAGGCGAAAGAGUGUUGAAAUAUACACAGAUAUUGGUUAAUGUCUAUCAAGCAGAUCUUCUGCUGUAUAAUUGGUAAACCUAAGUAAUGCUCCACUGUACAGGGAAAGUUUUUUCAUUUUUAUUUGUGUUUUACAUAUAUAUCCCCCUAACCUACUGCUGUAUUCAACACACACACAAAGAAAGACCUUCUUACAGUGUCAUUACAGUUUUCCUAUAAAUGUUGUGCAUCUUUAGAAUCUCAUUUUUCUACAUGAUCAAUGAAGGUGAUUUUGAUAUUUUUUUUAUUUGUCAGUUUUAAUAAUUUAUUAAAUAGUUUUCAAUGUACAUAAAUUGCAUCCGCCAGUUCAAACACUCAUAUCUCCAAACAUUUUAAAGUGAUAGAAAUCAUUGCUGUUUCUUAAAAUCGAUAAAUAUGAAAGCAUGAAAUGUGAAACUAUUUUUCAUAUGCUUUUAAAGCAUUCUAUUUUCAAAACGGAGGAAGAUAAUCUGAAGAUGGCAUUAUACUAAAAAAACAACUCUGCCGACUGUUGCUUUAGUAAACCCAAAGUUGUUUGCCUUUUGAUUGGAUCUUUCAACAAACCUCUCAAACUCAUCAUAGACAUCAUAGUUGUCCUAACUUGUUGCAUUCCAUGCUGCAGUUUCAACAGUCCUCUUUAAGUCUAGACAGUGUCUAUGUCUUUCGUAGUGAUGUUCUGCACAUUUUGUGGACUCAUUACAAAUAGACCUGCUCCUGUCCACAGUGAGACAUCUUGCAGCCCAUUUUUGUUAGACACUUGAUAAAUUAUGACAUCAUAGCCCUAAAAAGUUCACACUAGGCUUACUAUUAUUACUUCAAUAGAAAUUGAUUGAAAAUACUUGUAUAAAUUUAUAUUUAUAUAUAUAUAUAGUAAGGCAGUGUAAUAUAGUCUGAAGAGACAAUGUUCUCUUGUUUGCCAUGUGAUGGCCCUAACACUACUGUGUGUGAAUGGAAUCCAAUGCAUGUACUGUGAAUGUUUAUCUGUGCUUCAUUUCAGCGUGCGUGCGUGUGUUUUCAGGGAACAAAGGGUUUCGCUAAACGGGAUUGUCUGAUUCAUACACUGACUGUGGCAUAUUAUUUAUCAAACUCUUGAACCGGCUUUUAUAUUAUCCCUAUACACAUGUAUGUGUCUGUUUGUGUUUCUGUGUAUGAACAGUAUGUUUCCGUUUGUGUUUCUGAAGCCCAUUGCCAGACAAUGUGAUACAAUAUAAGCAUGUCAGGAUUGUAGGUAAAGGGAUUAAUCUCUUCAGGUCUCCUGUGUACUCGUGUUAACGUGCUCCCCAUAUAAGCCUAAAACAGGAGUCUGUGUCUAGCAUAGACAGACAUUGAUUAUUCGAUAACCAAUAUGAGGUUUUUAAUAGUUUAAUAGGUUCUUGUUGCAUUUGAUACCCCAAUCCUGAAUUUGUGGCUUUAGACAAUUCAAUAACAUUUAUUUAAUAACUUGUCAUUCAUUUAUUAAUAAUUUGAUUUAUUGAUCCUAGAGAUUAAAAUUGUAUUAAGUGGUUUCUUUUAAAUUAGAGCUUUCGAUUUAACAUGUUAAUUCAGUGAGAUUUUAUUAUUUAAAAUAGUAAUAAUGUUUUGAAAAUUAAUUAAUGCAAUUUAUCAUGUCCGUGAACCAACAAUGUGGAAUUCAAGCUUGAAGUGUCACCUUUUUUAAGCAGGGGGCAGUAAGCAAAACUCCAGCAGUAUUGGCAGCACACAGCUGUACCGUAUUAUUAUUAUUAUUAUUAGCAUUUCUGGCUAAGGAACAGACUACAUUCAGGCUUGCUUCCUUGACAGUAGCAUCAGCAAAAGAUGAGGAUGUUUUCUUGCGUUCAAACACUGCUGGAUGGAGUGCAAUUCCGAAUGUAGAUCCUGAGACGAGACAGGGUUGUUUUUACAUUUCAAACUAAGUUUAACUUGACAUAAAAUGCUGUUUAUGACGCUACCGAAGCGAGACGCACCUUCUGAUGCAUGUGUACAUUGAUGUGUUCUUAGACAAGUCCUAAUAAAUCUACCUCGACAGAUUGACAAAUUCAAUUGCAAAAUAGAUUGCAUUGGACUGUCUAUUUUUAUACGAUUGAUUGUGAUUCAUUAAUCGGUAUAUAAUUUAAUUAAUUUGAUUAAAUAUUUUCAUUGAUUGACAGCCCUAGUUUAAAUAAAUGCUUUUGUUUUAUUGAAAAUGUAUUUUAAACCUGUAAGACAUAGUUUUGUGCUUAAACAUGGACAUAUCUUUCCUCAGUUUACUGAUGAAUGUCAUUUUGGCUGUAAUUGUACCCAUAAUUUGAUCUGAUUCCCUAGUGGUAUGGUCUAAUUUAAUCAGUUUUACCCUAGUUGACAAUUUAAAUGUAUUACUAUUGAUUCUGCCCGAGAAUAUGACCCUGAUUCAGUGAUCAAUAUCCCUAGUCCCUGAUCACUCAAAUUAAUUUUUUUAUGUACAUUGUUAUUGGUGAUCUCAUAUACAUACUCGUUUAACCUCCUUUUUUGUUGUUGUCCCCUAUUCUUUUAUCACUGGAUACUUGCAUCCUACCUUUUUUUUCUACUUUUUUUAUAGGAGUGGACGCAAGCAAACAGAUAGCUUAAAUGUAGAAAACGUUCAUUUCUGUUGUAGAAACAAUUGACUAAUUCUAUAUUCAGCCUCAUAAUAGAACUGUGCGUGUGCGUGCUUUCUGGGACUGUAUCAUCAUCUAUGUUCUGUGUUUGAGUCUCUGUCAUUUCUUUAUGUUGAAUUAGCUAUAUAUGUUUCACUGUAUAUGUGUUUUUGUAUGCAUGUACACAUACAGUACAUGCAUGUGCAUGCACUUAAAGGGGAGUCUGCAGAAAACUCUUGUGUAUAACCUUCCCAGAAUUGUGUGUGUGUUGUUUGCUUAGGUUCACUUUGUGUAUGUGGAUAUUUCAUAGUUGUCUAGAUGUAUCUUUUAGAUUUUUAACAUUUUUGAAUGUUGAUUUGAAACAUUAUGCAGAUUAUUAGAGAUCAUGUUUUGAAACUUUGCUGAACUGCCAUGGUGAAAAUCUCAUGUAUAAUCAUUUUUGUCUUUAAGAUAUUAACCCAAACUCCACUGUAACACAGCUGUCUUUAGAUUACAUUAUUCCGGUUCUCCUAUCUUUUGUCUCCACUUCGUUGUUGUCGUUCAUGGUCAUCAAUGAUGAACCAUUAAUCCCUCUUGAUUUUGCUUCCAAUCAAAGAAUAUCAAAAGGAAUGAAGUGUUGUAUGAAUGCAGAUCUGAAAAUGUUCUCUUAUAUGAAGGAAGUAGUGUAAACAUGGUGAAAUGAAACAAUAUUUUAUUUUAUAUUGUCCUAUGUUUUUAAUAAAUUACAUAGUUCUUAAUGUAAGUGAAUAUGAGCAUUGUGCUAAGUGGCUGAAUUCUCUUGCACAUUCUGGAUAAAACAACUGAAAUUGUUGUAGCAUAAAUAUACUGUGUCAGACAUACGUAACAUGGAUAAUUGAUCUGAAGUUUCAGUUGAACAAUAAAUGUUAAGG